UAAUCCAGCCAGGUGUACACGGGAUCCCAGUUCACUAUCCCUUGGAUUCUGCGGAUGAACACAGGUACCUAUGCCUGUCUGGCUCAGAACACAUACCUCAACACCCGCACUCGCAAGACCAUCAGCCUCACCGUCUUCUUUCCUCCAGAUGGUUCCCCCUCCUGCUCUGUUCUGCCAGCAAUGAACUACUCCUCCCUCAACCUGACCUGUUCAUGGCCAGGGGGCCUGCCCCCCCCUUCACUACGCUGGACCACAAACCUUCUGGCACAGGGAGGGGCGUGGCUUGGGGGUGAAGGGGUGUGGCCAGCCAACAAUGUUUCCGUACUGCAGUCUGGAUCCCAGACCUCUAACAACUCUCUGUUCACCUGCCUUGGGAUACACCCUGCUCUCAACACCUCCACACAAUGCACUGCACGGGCCUGGUCUCCUUAUGGUGAGCCAGUGUGUUCUGCUUAUGCCACCGGUAAGAACCAAUACCUGCUGCUGUCCUGCUCCUGGGAAGGUGGGUCUCCCAGGGCUGUGGUGUGGUGGGAGGGGCCUAAAGGAGAGGGAAGGGGCCAAGAAGUGGAGACCUCCAACAUCCUGGUACUUCGUUCUAACUCCACCCAGAAUGGACAGGCCUACACCUGCUACGCCAAACACCCCCUGGACACACGCACCAGGACCUGCAGCCUUAGACUGGAGGCUCCAGUCUUGUUGACCCAGCGUAGUGUGGUGUCUGUGUUCGAGGGCAGUGAUGUCCAGCUCACCUGUAUCCUGCAAGCUAACUAUCCCCCGGUCAAUCAGAUCAUCUGGUUCAACAACCGCAGACAGGAAGUCAUACAGGAAGUCCAGGAAGCCCUGGCCACAACCAGGAAGUAUGUGCUGCGUCGCGCAGCUGCAUGGACCAACCUGACGGUCUUAGAGACGGAUGGAACAACAGACAGCGGCCAAUACUGGUGCUCCGCUAGCAACGCCGUGGGAGGGACUGAGAUCCCUGUUACGCUAUUGGUCAAGAGAUACCCCAUGCCUCCCAAUGUGACCCUGGUAAGGCUGGUUUACAGCAGUCGGCAGCGCAGAGAGGUGGAGCUGGAGUGGCAGAUGGAGGGAGAGGGAGAAGGAGGAGAGGGAGGAGGGCUGACUGGGUUCAUACUUGAGCGCAGACUAGAGGAGGCACCAGGGAGGAGGAGAGGAGAGGAGGAAAAAGAGAAGGAGAGAGAGGAGGCUGGUACAGAUCCUGCUGACCAAGAGGAGCAGCGACAGGAAAAAAGGAGUCGUUUCUCUCCAUGGAAGCAGGUGGCGGUAUUGGAAGCCAGGGAGAGGGUCCACACGCUGGGCAACAUGACCCCAACAGAUACCUACCAGAUACGCAUCACAGCUGUCAAUCACAGAACCCUCGGACACCCCUCCCCCCCAGAAACACCAGCGGACCCUCCCUUCAGUGCGUAUCCUGCUGUGAUUGGAGCUGCCAUUGGAGGGAUGCUCAUCACUACCAUAGCAACCAUUCUGCUUUUCAUGUACAUAAUCCGCAACCGCAACAACAACCCCCGACUCCAUGACAUGCUGUUUGGAAUGCAGCACAGCCGGUCCAGGGAGAACAUCAACCUGCCUGAUGAUGAGGUGAUGGGAGGAGUUGACAGAGAGGGAGGAGCUACAGAACAUUGCCCCUCCCCUAGCCCAGGUCACGUCCAUGUCCUCUCCUAGGGCUGCCUCCCCCCUCUCUGCCUCCCCCGUCUCCCCUCCUCUACCCGCUGAGGACAACGACCCUGUCACCGUCACCAUCACCGUCAUGGCAACGGGCUGAAGAUCACACACACAUCCAUACAUACUGGAUAAUGCUGCGUUCAUAACAAGUGGGAAACUCGGCAAAUACAAUUUGUAUUGAAAGUACAGCUAUCAUGCUCAAAAACAUUAGUGUUCAAAUACCAUACUAAUAGAUUGUUUUUCAUAAAUAAUGUUUUGCUGUUGCAUUUAACUUCCAAAAAUGCUGUUAUCAAGGUAAUUUCCUUAGUAUGUGAUGUCAGAGUUCAGCAUGUGGGAGAAGUCGAGGCUCAGAGAUGAUAGACGAGUUUCCCACUAGUAAUUAUCAGUUGGAAGGGCGUGCAAGUGGAUUUUUCCAAGUCAUGUGCUGGUAUUUAUGAAUACAGGAGAUGAUGUGAAUGCAGCCUAAGCACCUUCUGUCUGUUCUGCCUUCCAGGUUGAAAUAAAGUACAGUUCUUAUCACAA